AUGUUUGAGGAUAUGGUCCUGGUGAUCCGCUCCAGCCGGUGUGGCGGCCAGACGCUGGAAGAGGGGCGGGGGCAGCCUUCCACCCUCGCCACACCCACACUUGCAAUGAGGGCGGCUCCAAAGUCUAGGUCAUUUUGCCUCCACCCCCCCACCGACACCCUCACCCCAGCCUCCACCCCCCCACCGACACCCUCACCCCAGCCUCCACCCUCCCCACCGACACCCUCACCCCAGCCUCCACCCCCUUCACUCCAGCCUCCACCCCCCCCACCGACACCCUCACCCCAGCCUCCACCCCCCACCGACACCCUCACCCCAGCCUCUACCCCCUUCACUCCAGCCUCCACCCCCCCCACCGACACCCUCACCCCAGCCUCCACCCACUUCACUCCAGCCCCCUCACCCCAGCCUCCACCCCCUUCACUAUCCCCAGCCUCCACCCUCCCUCAUCCCCUCCCCCACUGUUACUCCACCGACACCCUCACCCCUCACCCUCGGCCUCCCUCACUAUCCCACGCUGUUACUCCACCGACACCCUCACCCCAGCCUCGGCCUCCCUCUCUAUCCCACGCUGUUACUCCACCGACACCCUCACCCUAG